AUGAGGCUAGUGACUUUGGAGAAGGUCGUCCUCAACUACCCUAUUAAGGAAGAAAUAGAUGGCUUGAUAAUAAUUAAAAACUUGAGUGCCUUCGUGAGAUUACUGAGCAAGAUUGAUGAGGAGAGUACUCUAACGUAUAAAAACAAGUUAUUCACAAUGAGAUGGAACACUUUUAACAUCUCUGAGAUCGGAAGUCUACUGGAAACACUCGAAGACAGUAAACGAUCACCAGCGUCAUCACCAGUUCAGGUAAUCAAAAGAAAAAAAACUGAGCUGAAAAAGCGAUCAAUUUCGAUUUCGAAAAAUAAAAUAUUCAGAUCUAAACUAGAGCGCAGGAUAAUGAAUCAUCAGGACGGAUAG